GACGGCCGAUUUGUCAGUCAGAUUGUCAAACUUACAAAGCUAAUACUCGUCAGGUACCUGCACCUCGUGACCGGCAUUUAAACACCCGAACUAAGCUCCCGCCCCAAAGCCUAUGAUAGGCCCCAGAAGACGCGGAGACCUUCUCCCUCGCUUCUACACCGAAGUCGAGAAGUUGACGGUGUGGUUUUCGGCUUGCCCGAUCCGUGAUCUUCCUAGACUAAACAAGUUCAGCUUCGCUGUUGGCGUAGUCAGGAACUCAGCGUGUUAGUCCGGGCUGACGCGAUAGCUAAAACGGUACUUGG